AUGCCGCCACGCUUGCGAUUUUCAUCCUCAUAUAUUUCCCAGCCCGUACGCCGGCAGAGGGGCCUGACAAGACAGCAAAAUGAGAUGAUACACGGCAGCAGAUAUGUGAGCACGGCUCCAGCUGCUGUAUCAUCAUCAGCCGUUGUACCUCCUCCAUCCCUAGAACAGAUGAAGAAGAGUCCAUCGCGUAUCGCCCGAACACCGUCCGUUCAGCCUCCUUCACACAGACGCCCCGAGGAACGUCGCUCACAACUCCUUCGACAAUACACAUCCCUCAUCCGUACGGCACCUUUGAUGGUGUUUUUUCAACACAACAAUCUGCAGUCAGUUGAAUGGACUGCAAUUCGCCGUGAGCUGGUCCAAGCCCUAAGAAAAGUUGACGAACAACAAGCUUCCGAAGGCCGAAGCACGACUCCAUUGGCACCCCACGUGAAAUUACAGAUCAUCCAAACCAGCAUUUUUGAAGUUGCUUUGCGCAUUGUGGACCAUUUCCGGCCGGAGAACGUGAAAGGACAGUGCACGGCAGCGGAGGAAGAUGUACUGAUGCACGAUCUUUCCCGUACUGUACACAGCGCGGUGCGUCAAUUGAAAGGAAAGCAUGAGCUGGCGUCUAUUCUAUCGGGUCCGCUUGCUGUCCUUUCACUUCCAAAUGUCUCUCCAGAACACCUCAAGGCGGCUCUCUCGAUUCUUGCCCCCAAGGCCUCUGGCUUUUCGGCUCCUACACGCAAGGCCAACCCCGGAUACCAUGAAUUGACAGUGCAAGGCGGAUUACAAAAGCUAAUGCUUGUUGCUGCGCGGGUAGAUGGUCAAGUCUUCGACCUCGAGGGCACGAAAUGGGUUGGUAGUAUCGAGAGCGGCCUCGACGGUCUUCGUGCUCAGCUCGUCCAUGCAUUGCAGGCAAUUGGAGCUGGUGUUACGUCUACUUUGGAGGGUGCCGGUAAGAGCUUAUAUCUUACCAUGGAAAGCCGGAGGAGCGUGUUGGAAGAAGAACAGAAGGGUGAGGAUAAUAAGGAGUAA